AUGGUGGCAGAAUCAUGGAGAGAAGAACUACUUAAUCUCUCAUUUUCCUCUGCCAUAAAAGUCUCUCCUAGGACAACAACAAUUCCAGGAUUUCAAGUCGUUGAGAAAGACUAUCAGACCAAAUCACUUCAAGAGCAUCAUUUAUCAGAAUAA